AGUGAAUCAAUAUUGAAGUAACCAUGAAAUUUUUACUGAACUUGAUGACGAGCUAAACAGGCAAAAGUAAAAUGAGCACGCCGUUGAGAGCAAACAUAUCGCGCGGAAACCCGGACAAGGUGUUCGACUUGAUCGAGAAGGUCGGGGGAGGAACUUACGGAGAUGUCUUCAAGGUUGGUUUGUAUCUUCUGGUUUAUUUAUUUUGAAACGAGUGGUUCCUGCGUUUUCGAUAUAUUGAAUCCUGUUUUGUAGCAUGUUUUAAUUCCACUCAAUGAAUUUGAAAUUUAACUCCAACUCUAGGCCAGAGUGAUUGCUACCGGAGAACUAUCGGCGGUGAAAGUUGUCAAGAUUGAGCCAGGCAAGUUGAAUGACUGGUUAAUUCUAAGCUAGUUUAAAGAGGGAUUUAAGUCUUUUCUUAACUGCUGCAUGGCCAUUUUUAUUAAAGUGACGAAGGACCAUUGGAUUUGUAGCACUAAAACCCAAUAGUUCUUGCGUUUACGUGAUCUUCAAGUGUCAUUUACACCACGAAUGCAGCUUGCUGCUCAAUUAACGUCCGUCUAAAGGCUUCCAAACAUGGUAUUGUUUAGUUAUUGUUGCAUAAUUCACUGAGCUCAUCUUAGUUUGAUACUUAAAGGCAUAUUUAACUAAUGUACACCAACGUUAGUUUAGAAACUGAAUACAUUUUCAACUCAUCGACUUAUUCCAUGCAAAUUAUCUGGUGACCGAUGUUCAAUAUUUCCUCCUUUGCUAAAAAUAUUGUGGAAACCAAGUUUCUUUUUAAUAUCUGGGGAGUGUGUAUAUUAUUUGCCAGUUGAGCUAAAAUAGUGGCUCAAGAAUUACCAUAAUCAGUGAAAACGUGAUUAAAAACAACCUGGACUGAUGCAAGCUUUAAGAAUGCACUGUGGGAGUUUAAAAAGCGAAGAUAAUGAUACAACCUAUUUAAGUUUGAUGUUGUACUAAUUUGCAUUUCAACAUUAAUUAAUUAGUUAUCACGACUGGUUAUCUAUUCACGACAACAUUAAUAAAAUCUUCAAGGGUGAACUUGCAGUUUGAUCAUGUUAAGCUUUGCAAAAUUGUAGCAGAAACCAUACAAUAAUCAUUAAAUCACAUGUCAAUGUUUUUUUCUGCUCUUAGCAGACCGUAAAAUUCUUUUGUCAAUAAGCUGUAACUUAAUGAAUCUAAAAUGCUUUCACAUUAUGUUUACACGUCAUUCCAUGACAUUAAUUUUGGCAGGCUUUUCAGUCACGAAAAUGGCACAAUUCAUAAUAAAAGCUAAGAAUUUCCUGAUAGCAAUAUUUUUGUUGUCAUUAAACUAUCUAUAGAUCCAUUUAUUUUUCUCUCCAGACUACCCAAAACUGAAAAAAAUUCAAACUUUCAUUUUUGCAUAACCAGAAGUUGUCACAUGCUGCAUGUAUUUUGGCUUAAUUUUCACCUUGAUUAAAAUUUUAUUUUCUUGUAUUUCAAACCCCAUAUGAUACAUACAAUAAUUAUUAUAUUACUACAUGAGAAAUUUCUGCAAUUUGAUUGGCUUAGAGCAGUAGUAUUUCACCUUAAUUUGAAAUACCUAAAUGUGAAAAAUACAAAUCUUUUGCGGAUAGUGGUAUAAACAAAUAAUAGCAUGAUUUGUACGUGAUAUUUGGCAUAAAUACCACUCAUGAUAUUUCAAACUCAAACUCAAACUUUUUUGUAUGACAAUUUUGAAAUAUCACUCGUGGUAUUUAUGCCAAAUAUCACUACAAAUCAUGUUAUUACCUAUACUAAUUAUUGUAAAACAAACUGAUGGAAACCAAAAUUUGAAACAGGAAUGAAAUUGAACCACAACCUGUAUGCAUAAAGCAUGCUGUCUCUUGGCAAUUACAGGGCUCAAAAAAAAAAUUUGAAUUCCAGCUUGUCUUUUGGGCGAGCAGCUCUCACAUUUUGGUUGUCCGGGGCCACUUCUUUCUCAACUAACGUAAUGAUUUAGAUAGAUGUGGAUCCAAGCCUUGUCAUAGCAUUGUUUCUUUAGACAAGAAACUUUGCUCCCCUUAAAUUCUCUUCACCUAGCAGUAUACAUACAAAUGGGUCCCAGAGAUGGUGUACUUCUAAAGAUAAUGCUGCAAAGGACAUCUCUUUGAAAAAGACAACUUGAGUUCAUCCCUGCAAUCUUUCAGUCAUUUCCUUUGACUUGCCAUAAGGCAAGAUGAACACUUACGCCAAUCCGAGCAGUAUCCAUGGAAAAGAGAUGCCUGUAUAUUGAAUUGACAAAAUGUGUUCCUUUGAAGCACAUUUCCUCCUUUCUUAGAGAGGGGACGAGAGAGAAUAGACACCUAGGUUAGAAUGAUCAAGGUGUACAUAUGUAUGAGUACCCGAAAUAAGGGGAUUUCCAAAGAUUCUCGAAAAGAUUCCUUAUUGUUUUUUAUUCAACUUUAAUGUUUUCAUAGGAGAUGAUUUUGAGCUAAUUCAGCAAGAGAUUGCCAUGAUGCAACACUGUCAACACCCUAAUAUUAUCCAGUAUAUGGGUAGUUACCUCAGGUAUGCUACUUGCUGAGUUAAGUUCGGAAUAUGAUGAAGACCAAUCAAGAUUUCAAGUAAUUAGCUACUAAUGAAGUUGUUGAAAUUUGUAAUGCAAAUCUUGAAUAUAAACAUUGGCCCAUUCCUACAGCUUAGACAGUAAUGCAAAUCUAAUGGUUGCGAAACGUCCAGUGCAUCACCAGCACCAUUAGAACAUAUUAUUUUAUGUUGAAGUUUAAAAUGAAAUUUACAUUCACAGUGUACGUCUAGCUUAAAGCAGUUUCAACUAAGUCUAAUAAUAAAUUCUUAGUUUACUUUGUCUUUCAACAAAAUAGAAUUAAACUUUUGUUUGCAGUAAGUGCUAGUUUUAGGAAUUUUGAAAAGUUCAAUGUAUAUUUUUUUCUAUUUUAUUUCUAACAUUUGUUUGUUUGUCUUCUUUACCUUUUUUUUUUACCUUUUUUAGAAGGGACAAGUUAUGGAUAGCAAUGGAGUUUUGUGGCGGAGGCUCGGUUCAAGAUAUUUAUUGUGGUUAGUGUUCAAAAACUCCCUAUUAUAAAGUCCUCAAAAUUAAUAAUUAUUAUCUGUUCCACUCCAUGUGGCAAUCAAAGACAACAGGGGCAGAAAUCUCAAUGUCAGAUGUAAAAGUUAACAUUUUGACGUUCAGACCAGUCAUUCUCUCUAUUUCAACACUAGGCAUCAGAAGUGGAAAAUUUUGAAUGAAUCUCUAGAAUUAAUCAAGUUUUUAAACUUUUUUAUAUAUAUGUGAAUUUCAUUUUUAUGGUUUAGUGCCAUACUUUUAUUAUUAUGUGUAUUUAUUUUUUUAUUUUGCUUUUUUUCUUUUUUAUUUCAGUUACAGGACCAUGUUCCGAAAGUCAUAUUUCCUUUAUUUGUGUAGAAACACUGAAGGUAUUUUGUUGUUUUACUUCUCAUUCACCACUUAACCCUUCGAGUCUCAAGAGUCACCAACAUCAAUAAUUAUUUUCUCCUACAUGUAACAAUAUCAAAUACAUACUCAACAGAAAAGGAUAUGAGAAUUAAAUAAAAUGAUCACUAAAGGGAGAAUGCUUUGAUCUUUUAACAAAUUCUCUCAACUUAUUCUAUGAGAAUUGUAUGAAGGGCAGUCUUGAGAAUUUGCUGGUGGAUCUUGGGGCUUAAAGGGUUAAAAUAGUCGAGAAGGGAACUGGAGCUGAAGUGCAUUCCUGAUGCAUAUUUACUUACUGGAGACAUGCUGGUCAGCUAUUGGCCAUUUUUUUCCCUGUCCCUAACAACAGUCAUAUAAGUCUUUGCAAAAGUUAUCACAGCUUCAUUUUCUUUUCAUUUCAAAAGAGGCAAAUUAACGGUACUGAAGGAAUAAAAUGUAAUCAUUCUGUGAGGACUACAAGCUAGGCACUAACGACCGAACCAAAAUCAGGUAGACCAUCACACAAGGUUCCCAGGGAAGUUCUUAGGUCUCCUGUGGCUCCUUUGGGGUCUGGGGUCUUCAUUCUAGAUUUAAGUAUGAUCAGUUUUGAAACUUACAUUGAAAUAUCAGUUGAUGACCUGGACCUGCUCUACUCUGGGGUUUUUUAUAUUCAAGAAACAGGCUCCUGGACAUCAGUGGACUCUGCACAACAACAGAUAUUACAUGGUGUAAUUUGAGACAAUUUUUUUGUUGCAAGCAUUACAACUGUUUGUUUUUUUUGUUUUUCUUCAGGGUCUGGGACAUCAUCUUGUCUUUUAGGAAAUACAAAGUGCUAAUUUUAACCUAUAAGGCAAUACAUGAUGCACAUAUAUUUCAGGGACAUCAAAUUAUAAUUUAAGAUCAUCGUAUACUAAACCUUAAAUGCUACAAAAACAAAAAAACAUUGGGACCCACAGUCCUGGCUGAAAGGUUGUGGACGAAAGUCGUAUGCUUGUUUUUUUUUUUUUUUUUUACCUCUUUUUUUAGUUUAUUUAUUAGGGAAUUUUUACUAUAUUAGCAAACUGGCAUUUUCAAACUCAUAAACAAAGCCUUAACCACAAUCCUGGCUGGCUUCUUUUGUGUAUGGAAUUUGCUGCAAACUGGCACUACAAACUCAUAAACACAGCCUUAACUCACACCCCAUUCGGAAAGUUUAAAAGUUUAAUCCCGCUUCACACUAGCCCGUCCUCUGAGUAUCUAUCGUUUUUCUCAACAACAAUUAUUAUUCAGUGGAACAAAGAAAUUUGCCUGCCUCUGUCUUUAGCAAACACUGCUCUUUAGAUACUUUCAAAGCCCGUGUAAAAAGCCUAAAUCAUCUACCUGUUUAUUAGAAUAUGAAGUUAACUUUUCUUUCCUCUUUCUUUUUAUAUAUUUAUUUAUUGUUUUGUUUUGUUUUGCUGACCAACCCAGCCAAUAAUCCUUAAAUGUGAGGGGUAGGCUAUAUAUACAGUAGAUGUAAGUGUUAAACUUAGGUUUCUUUGCCAUCUCCCCCCUGAUCAAAGUUGAGGUCCGUAACCUGUGCAAGAUGUGUAAAGGGUAUUUUGCCUUUUAGCAUCCAACACUGUCCGGCGGGCGGGGGCGGGGGGGGGAGGGGAUUAACUUGAUUUACAUCUCCCAAAGUGUCCCAAACCUUUUGACCAGGAUUGCAGCUGAAGCAAACCAUCAUGCAGUCAAACGCUACUGAUACUUGUAGUUAACUGACAUUCAACAUUGGAUGUUUUGUUAAUGCAAAGAUUUUUUCUUUAGGGUGCAAACAUCCUCUUGACAACGCAAGGCAGUGUGAAGCUUGGUGAGCCGAUCUUUAACCCUUCAAACCUUACUAGCAAAAUCUAAAUUUACAUUUGGUGAAUUAAAAACAAAAGUUAAGAGUGGCAUGAUUUAUUGAAGUUACUUUUGAACAGAAUGAGAAAGCAUGGCACAUUUUUAGGUCCUUGUUAGUAUGAAGAAGGGAGUCCAAACCUUCAAACCACAAAAAUCGGGAUUCCCAGCAUGUAUGUAAAAAGUAUUGGUUUAUGCAGAAACCACAAGUUAAGUUUCCAAGUCACCCAAGAAAAAAAUUAAUGUUAGCUGGGUUGAGUGGACACUUCCUCUAGAGCAGAGGCUUGACAAGACUCUAAAAGCAGUUCUUCCCAUUGGUGUACACGUAUUUGUACAUGUUCUUGAUCCGUAACACCAAUACAUGAAUUAAAGGGGCUGUGUCAUGGCAGUUCAGUUCAUUUUGUUUAAUUUUGCCAAUUACUCGCCCUCAAUCGCUAUGGAACUUAAAGUAAGCAAAGAAAUUACAUGAAAAUGACAAAAUCAGAGAUUCAAGACAAACAAAUAUGUCUCCUGAGCAUUUUUUUUGAAGUUGCAAACAGCAGAGAUCAACUUUGAAAAACUGUUAGGCUGAACAGUUUUCAAAAACCCUAAUCAAAUCCGUUUCAAUCUGUUUUCAGUUUUGCUCAUCCGUGGCAUCUGUUGUAACUGUUGUGUUACUUUAAGGUUUCUUUAAUGUUUUAAGCGGCUAUUUUUACGUUUCUCUUAAUUUAAUUGGUAUUUUGUAAUUUCCUAAUUUGGCUGAAUUUCAUGACACAGCUCCUUUAACUGAAAAUAUAUAAAUCUUGUGUUGUCCACAGCUGAUUUUGGAAUAGCAGCACGAAUAUCUGAUACCUUGGCUAAAAGAAAGUCAUUUAUAGGAACACCAUACUGGUGAGUAGAAAACAAAUCUGUUUGCUGAAUAGAGAAAGUCAUACAUGUAAUUAUCUUGGAAUUAACCCUCUUCUGCAAACGUGGCAACAUCAGCCCUAGACCUUUCUAUAAAGAAUGCGAAAACUAAAUUGAAUUAAUUUUUAAUUGAUGUUCAACCAUACCAUUCCUGCUAUAAGGAGAAAGUGAAAAAGAAAACUCUUCUUAGUUGAAAUACUGGCUUUAACCUUCCUAUCCUAAUGAGGAUGAGAUUAUAAAUUUCAAGUACACGUGUUCUCUUUUGCAAGUCAUCAGUAAACUCAUUAGUAAUAUAUAACGUAUUAUCAGCUCUCCCAAGUUUUUGAUCUUGUGAUAUUUACCUCUAAGUUACUGCUUUAUUUUUUCCCAAAGGAUGGCACCAGAAAUGGCAGCAGUGGAAAGAACAGGAGGAUAUGACUUAAAAGUAAGAAAUUUUGAAUCAUUUAACGUUUCUGGCAAACUGCCUUCCUACCCCUCCCCUAAGCCAACAUUAACACUUACUUCUCACUUAGGGCAAAAUGUUGGCUUAGGGGAGGGCUAGGUGGGCAGUUUCCCGGAAACGUAAUGAACUGAGAAUAUGUUAAGAUUUUCCCAUGCCAUGUUUGUGAUUAACAACUCACGUUCUGUUCUGUUACUUUUUCAGUGUGAUAUCUGGGCUGUUGGAAUAACAGCUAUUGAAUUAGCUGAACUUCAACCUCCUAUGUUUGACUUGCACCCCAUGAGGUUAGCUCUUCUAAGUAGAACUUAUUAAAAUCUCCGCUCUGCGCUUGUAUUAUUUUAAUGUCUCCUUUGUUGACAUCUUCAAAAUUCAAGUAUGCCAAUAUUAGCCCAACAGUACUGAACUGUGCAAUAAUAUCAAUUUUGUUGUCAUUGUGUGGAAGACCAGACUGUUUCAAUCAAACCUGUAACAGCUAUGUUUAACCAAAGUGCAUCAUCUCUAUUUCCGUGAGCAGUUGGGAAAGAGUAGAACUGGAAAUGAACAAAUGAUCGUCGCAGUGAACGCAAUUUAUGCAAUUUCGUAAAGAAGCCUGAAAAAAAAAUUCAGGACUUCAAUGGGGUUUGAACCCGUGACCUCGUGAUUACCGGUGCGAUGCUCUACCAACUGAGCUAUGAAGCCACUAACGUUGGGAGCAGGUCAAUUGUGGGUUCAUAUGUUCCCAUGAAAGAAACGAGUGUUAAUGAAUAUGAAAUAAAUCAUAUAUGAGCUGCGGAAAUGAAAUGGAAAUGAAGAAAUGAUUGACGCAGUGAAUGCAAUUUAUGCAAUUGUGUAAAGAGUAGAACUAUCAGUCAUGUCUACAGUUCAUCACAUAAUUAUUUUAUUUUGUUGAGGUCAUACAGUAUUUUCACCAUUUCAUUUGUAUCAUUGAAAAUAAUUAUGCUACCUUAUUACAUGCAUGAGUCAUAUUUUUGUCACAAAGCCAAGGUGCCUGUGCUGAGAGGAGGGGUUAAAAAAUUGUUUAGUUGAAAUUCUUGUUGAAUUUCAUAUGUUGCCAACUGAUACAUGUACAAACAUUAUUCUCUUGUUCUGUACUGUUUCCAUUCUAACAGAGCGUUAUACAUGAUUGGAAAAAGAAGUUUUGUUCCACCAACAUUAAAGGAAAAAGAAAAAUGGUAAAGUUGUCGUCAAAUUUUCUCUGACUCUAUGAACUUUAUAUUUGCAUACAAAGGCAAGUAGUAGAAUGAGUGUUAUCCCAAUUUGCAGGUCAGUAGAACUGCACAAUUUUAUAAAAGCAGCACUCACCAAAAAUCCCAAGAAAAGACCAACAGCUGAUAAAAUGUUGAUGGUAAGAUUUGUUUGAUCUUUGAUAGUUUAUUUGUGUUAUUUUUGUUAUUUUUCCUUGGUUUGUUUGUUUUCAAGAUCAUCAUCAUCAUCAUCAUCAUUAACAACAUGACACUUUAUUUAUUUACACCAUUCACAGAUUAUAUUUUUAGUAAAAUUUUUUACUGCCAUUUAUUAUCACUAAAUACUUAUUAAUAUUUAUUAUUAUUAUUUCUUGGUGUCAAAAUGCCAGAUAUUGUUACAUGUAGGACAGAAGAGUCAUCAUAGUUAUUUUAAUAUACUAAGUUAAACCUGUCUUACCUAAUGUCAGAUGCCUUUCUGUUGCCAUGGAUAUACAAAAGCAGUGACACAGGAUUUGAUGGACACCUUUAAAGCUAAAUCACAAAAGAAAGGAAAUCGUCUGAGACAACAAGAAGAAGAGGAAGAGGAUGAAGAGGAUGUAGUUGAUGAGGUGACAUUACUUGUUACAGAUUCAAGAAGUUUGUUUUCUGGAUUGUACUCCUGAAUGCAACACACUGUGGUUGUUAAUAUUUCAUGUUUCAUAGUACAGAGCCACACAUCAAAGAUAUUGUAUGGCUCUUAUGAACUGAUACUGUAUAUAAUGCUGUCCAUAUCAAUAGCAGCUGAGAGCUGCCAAAAUGGUGCAUCUGCUGACCAGUAUCUCAUGACUAUUGUGGGCUCAGAUGCUUUGGAAUAAGUAAAUUUUCAUUAGUCUAUUUUGAUUAGGGCUAUUUAGUUCAAAGUUUUUUUUAUUGCAGUAUGGUUUGAAAGUUUAUUGUUUUGGGCAAUAGAGUACUGAAGUAUGGCGUCAUAAAAAUUAGAUUUGACAAAUUAUGGUAUUUGUCAAGACAUUCUGAAAGAACAACAUCCAAGAUGCCUACUUGCCAAAAAUUAGCAUUGUGGGGCAAAUUGUCUCUGAGAUAUUAGCCCAGUUAUGCUUUGAUAACUUGAUACAAAUCCUUCUUAAUUUGGCUUGGGUCUAAACUUUUAGACCUAAGACAAAUUUAGAAGGAUUUGUAUGGAGUUAUCAGAGCAUAGCUGGGCUAAUAUCCUUAGAGACAAUUUGCCCUGAAAUGCUAAUUUUUGGCAAGAAAGCGUCUGGACGUUGUUCUUUGACAAUAGCUUGACAAGUCCCAUAAUUUCACAAAUUAAUUUUUAUGACGUCACCACUUUAGAACUCUAUUGAUUGGUAUUUAAACAGAUGUUUCGAGGCUGGACUAGAAUAGUGAAUUUUUUAUCUGUGAUUUGCAGAAUGUUCAGGUUUUAACAAGAAUACGAUCAACAAAAGCUGUGGAAAAGAACAACGACAAAAGUAGCAUGCCAACUGAUGGAAAAUGUAAGUAGCAAAUUGACAACAAUGAGACAUAGCAUUGUUACAAAUCUAAGGUCAAGCUGUUGUUUAUUUUCUUUCUUUCUUUUUUGCAGUGGAUGGCGUGCAAGUUGAACAUGAAACAAGCACCCACGAUCAGGUAUUGAUUUGUAGUAAGAGACAACUUUAACAUACAAAUUGUCAUGACUGUUCUACAUACAUUUCCUAGCGGAAUUACGUAAGAGAAUUUGAGACAUGAUCAAAGACAUUCAAGUGGAACUGUACUAUUGCAGGGUGAUGGAGUGACCUGUACUGUCCAAUAGGCUAUUUUAUCAUUACUGAAAUCAAGGCUGCUCUUAGCCAAUCAGAUUGGAGAAUUUUGUUUUAGUUAUGACUCGUUUAUUGACUUAGGUACAGUGUACAGGCACUGAAGUGGUUGUCCCUAAUCAUGUAUGUUUUAAGCAGUUAAAUUUCCACCUCUAUAAGAAAGCUAGCACAACUUUAAGGUCACAUACGUACAUACUUAGGCAAAGCAUAAAGAUUUAUUUCAUGAUAUUUUAACUCAUUUAUCUUAUUUGUGUUAACAACAGACUCACAAUGGAUCAGAAAAGACAGUGAAUGGAGAAGUUGCAAUGAAUAAGUAAGUACACUCCUGAAAUCUUUAAGAAAGGACAAUUUUCAUUGUCCGUUCAAAUGGCAAUAGAGGGGGGGGGAGGGGCAUCGAAAGUGUCCUUAUUAAUCCAUGAAACCCUAAGAUCAAAAUCUGAAUUCUCAUUUGUUGCCCCUAUUCAUUUCAUACAGAAGCAGUGGGGAGAAGUUGAUAAAAUAUCAAGCAAAUUCAUCUUGUGUGAUCAUGUCCGUAAUUCUCAUGACCACUCUGUUUUACAAUGCAUUGAUAUUACAAGGAGAAAUUUGAUGCUGAUCACUCUAGGGUUUAAAGGGUUAAUCAAUGAGGUGUCUGUAUUAAGCGCGUUGACAAGACAGGACAAGAGAAAACAGAAAUUUUGUUUAUACCACACAGAAAAAAAACAUUACAAAAAAGACAAUGCUACUUAUGUAACAUACAAGUCACCUAGAAAAUAGCUACUCUUGCCGGGGGUUCAUUAUAGAUUAAUGAGGUUGUUUCAUGGAGGGGCAAGUAGAAAACGCCCCCAUGAACUGCUCACUACAGACCCAGACAUUCUUUUUAUCAACAGAACAGGGACUUUGUAAAUGUAACUAGGUUUUUCUUUUCCCAGAGAUAAAGCAAACUGUCUGUAAAAAUGAAGUGUCUUUAUUAAGCGGGUGUCCACAAAGCUGGGUUUUAUUUUUGCAACCCAGAUACCACAACCCCAUUUCCCAAGGUAAAGGUCACUUUAUGGUCUUGAUCUUGGCUUUGCCCCCAGGCACCAAGGUGAUCCUGUGAACUUGAUGGACUGGUCGGUUGCCAAAAAUUUUGUGACAAACUUAAUUUUUUCCUAAUUUCCCCAUUCUAUUAUAAUAAUAAUUUUUGAUAUUGUUUUGGCCUAAAAGUGGGCUCGUCAAUUCAUGGCAUUUGAAAUAGUGGCACAUUUUAGAAAGACUUUCUACACAUCAAGCUUGUAACCCUUUUAGCUGAUAUAACAUUUCUCUUGGACAGACUCCUAUGACCUAAGAACGAAAGGGAUUAAUGUGUGGUAUCUGUUCCAGGAAGGUGUCCCUCUUAUAGAGACAUUCACCAAGAGAUUGUAGUCUGUAUUAUUGGAGCAAAAAAUGUGAUCUUGUAAUUCACAACUAUGCAUUGUCGUGCCAAAGAUGCAGAUGUUAUUUUCUGUUUUGUUUUAGUGAUGAAGAUAGUGGAACUAUGAAAGUUCUUCAAGAGGCUGGAGAAGAGGAACAACCUCCUCCUUUGCCCCCUAAACAGCAUGUAAGAUUUGGUUUGUUUUGCCACGUUUUUAUGAAAAUAGUUGUGGCAUCUACACUGUGUUUCAUUUCGUUUUCACUUGUUAAGUGUGCAAUUAUGUCUCUAGAUGAAUAAAUGUGUUAUAGUAAUAUUAGUAUUGAGUUUUGUAAGGAAGAAAAAAAAAUUAUGCCCUUGCAUCUAUAAUGCUUAUUCAAGAAAAAGAGGUUUUGGUUUUUGGUUGAAGUUAGUGACAGUAAGUUAUGCCACAUAAUGUUUAGUUUUGUAGCAUAUUUAAAGGAAAAGUUUGAGAUGAUUUUGCAGAUAGUUUGAAGCAUUUUUGUUGCUGUCUUCUUUAAAUAACCUACAGCAACGGAACUCACACUAUCAAGUGCCUCAAUCAAGUUUGAAAAGCAAACCUGUUCCCCCUCCAAAACCUGGUCACCUCAAGGUAGUUCGGGCACUUAGCAAUCAAGAAACAAAAGCAGUGCCUGAAAGACAGAGGAAAUUCUCUGAUGCUGAUGCUAUCAACAGAGUACCACCUCCGAAUGUUCCACCACCAGUACGUAUUAUAAAGUUUUGCAGCAAGUAAUAUUACUGUAGUGGAUACCUAAACUUUCAUACUCACAUCAUGUACAGCAGGAAAGUAGCUUUCAUUUGACUGGUCACACCAUAGGGUACGGCAAGAAAGUACUACUCGGUAGCUUUGAUUUGAAUGGUCACACCAUAGGAUUUCAUCCACAGACUCAAAAGUUAGAACCACCUUGUACAGCAUAAUAAACAGUACCACAGGAAAGCACUGCUCAGUAGCUUUCAUUUGAAUGGUCACGCCAUAGGAUUUCAUCCGCAGGCUCAAAUGAUAGAACUACCUCGUACAACAUAAUAAAAAAUGUGUAAUUUUUUUACUUGGAAAUAGGGAUAUCCUCCUCUGUAUUUUUGAAUAACUUUUUAUUUCAGCAAAAUUUUCUUGAGACACUUCAACAAAAUCAAUAUUGGUAUUUUAUCUUAUAAUAGAAGCCACCUGUGGGAGCUCGUUCAUCUGAUCCAGGGAGACCAUCUGCUGCCAGAAGAGCUUCUGUGAGUUAAAACACAGAACUUGUUAGCCUUUUGUUGACAGCUGUUAUCAUCUCUAAGAAUUACAUCUUGUCAGUUGUUAUAUUCGUAUAAUUAGUGUAAUACAGUUUGUAGGUUAUAAUAUAGCCGAAAUUCUGAGAUACAAGAACUUAAUGCUAUUAAAGUGAUGAUGUUUUCAUAGCUGUUCAAUUCCCUGCCUACUCUUCAGGUUACCUGACAACCUGAAAUCUUAGUGACAGCCUUGGGUACAACUCAACUCACAAACAUGUACAUGUAUGAUGUUGACACUGCUAUACAAACUUGGGUCACACUGGUGGGAGAUGAGUACUCCAAGGGUAAAGACGUGGGUCCUCUUUCAAAAAAUUCUCUAGUAACGUUACACCUUUCUCCUGCUACUAGAAUUCUUAAUGAAAACCCUGGUACUCUCAGCACUCCACCAACUUUGCUCCAUGACUGAUUACUGAUUUUGUUUUUUUGAUGUCAUUAAUUAAUAUCAGGAGGUGUUUCUGUUUUGUGAUAUUAUUAGCUCAAUGAGUUUGCCAUAUUUUUGUAGGUGUGAUUAUCCUUCUGAGUGAGAGAGAGCUAGUACUAAAAGUUACUGUCACCAAGUUCAUUAGCGACCCUAAUUAAUAUAUGAUUUGUUUUUCAUAUUCACAGCAAGUUACAACUUGUUUUUCCAAAAUCUUCAAUGAGUGUCCACUGCACAUCUAUUGUACUGGUCUCUGGGUUAAUCCUAACACUAGAGGUAUUAAAGACAAAUACGUAGGCAUUUUUACAGAUAAAAAUUAAGCUAAUCAAAAAUUUGUGGAGAUUCUCAAGAUAAUUGGUUUUUACUAUUAUUGUAUCAAACACAGCUUUACCCAGACACCAUCAAGACUAGCGGUCUGAAAAAAUGAGGCACAUCCAUCCUUUUUAAGUUCAAUUUUGAGGUGUUUGAAUAUUAGAUGAAACGUUUGUUUAUUUUUGUGUUAAAAACAGAAAAAGAGGACAUGCUCCAUUUUCCUCUACCAUGCAGUAAUUUGCUAUAAUUAUUUUAAUAGCAAUAAGUGCAAUUUAAUUUUUGCUGGCUGAGUGGAACUAGAUAAGUGUAAAUAAAUUGUAUAUUUUUUCACAUCCCCACUGGAUGUAAGAAUAUGUCAUGUUAAUCUGGCAGGCAGUUUUUGUAGCAUCCGUCAUUAUGGACGUUUUCCCACCCACUCACUAAGUGGAGUAUGAGAAGUGCAAUUAUUUCUUCGUGAUAUUACCUUUUGAUUUUAUGUUGAUAUUUUUAUUUUUUAAUUUUUUUUAUUUUUUCCCCUGUGUAGAGAAGCACAUCAUAGUUGGGGCAGAGGAGGGUAUUUAUUCACUCAACUUUAGUGAACAAUUACAUGAAGCAGAAAUGGAACAGGUAAUAACUUUGUUAGGGGGAGGGUAGGGGGCUCAUUUUCAAAGCCAGUUAGAAAUGGAACAGGUAACAAGUUUGUCAGGGAGAGGGUAAGGUGCUCAUUUUCAAAGCCAGUUUGUUUUAGAGCAGGUAACAUGUUUUUUAGGGGGAAGGUAAGGGGCUCAUUUCAUUCUUGGCUCACCAACUCCUUUCUAAUAAUGGAAACCCUAAUAAUAUGGGUGGCAACUACAAACCUGGCUAAAAAAAGUUGGGACUCUUCAUAUUUUCUUUGCAUAGACAGUAUAGACCCCUCAUCCUAUCAAAGUGUUGUUUAAACAACCAGUUUUGUAAAGCUUUGUUGAUUUUAAACUUUUUAAUGAGGAGACAAGGCAAAUCAUCCGAGUGUCUCAGCUAUUUUGUUCAGGGUUGUAUGGGUUUAAGAGGAAUUUACAGACUGGCAUUUGGCUGAAAUAAACUCCUGGGUCGGGUUGUUCAAAGAGGGGUUAAGCUAUUAACCAGGGGUUAGUGCAAAAUUUUAAUUCAGAUGUAAUAACUUAUAAAGCAUCUUCAGUUUAAUUCUGUUGGUCUGUUUGAAUUUGGUUAUUGGAUGUCUCUAAAAAGAACAGAGAAAAUGAUCAGAGAAAAUGCUUUUAAAUAAUAGUUGGGUGGUUGGAAGGAGGUACCAAAAAGGCAGCUGAGGAGUUGAAAUUUGAUCUUCCAAGACACAAAAUCUGGCAGUAUGGGUGUGGCUUGAACAUGGGGCCUCCAGAAAGUACCUUGCUCCUUUGUCUGUGUAAUUGUAUCCAUGCAUGCUGUCUCUCCCCUCCCUCUGCCACCUUUAUAGAAUAAUCCUUGUACUGCAGAACCCCCCAGUAGCAUGAUGUAGUCUAAAAUAGAUUAUUCCAUUUUUCGUAGAUUUCUGCAAGGAGGUGCACAUGGCUGUCAGUUUUUCAAAGUCAUAUGGUAUCCCUUCAAGGUAUGAUUUUAAUAAAAGUAAAUCCAUGUCCAUUAUAUUACAUUCUUGAUAGCUUUAAUCAAUGUGUCAAGACAUGCUUUUGUUGAGUUCUUUGUUUGUGUUUCUCCCACGUUGGUCUUUAAGGAUUUUACCUCACUGGAAUGACUGUGUAAACCAUCUUAUUUCACUUGUUGCGAUUGGAAAAAUUCCAGAUGGAAGAUUGGACUUUCUGAUCUGUUACACUGUAGUGUUUGUAUUGCAUGCUUUGAAUGUAAGCUGAUCCAGUUCAGGGAAGGGCCUACAUUGUGAGAAUAUUGUUGAAGAUAUCAAUUUGUUUUUCUAGGUUCCCCCAACUGUGUUUAUAUGCAAAAUUUAGAUACUCUUCAUGACAGACAGGCCUUUUUUCAAACAGUAGCAAGGUAAGAGUCAUUUCAAUCCCAGUUUUAGUUACUUAGGUACUUUUUUCGAAAAUGUGGGGAGUGUUUCCAAAUAGCCUAAUCUAAUUUAUUAUGCAUAACUAAUAUUGCAAGUGUUUAUGUUUAAAACAAUAGGUGUUUUCUUUUUUCAACAGGAACAACAGAAUGUCUGAAACUAGAGGCUGUACAAAAUGCUGUAUUGGUAAGACAUGAAAAUAUUAUUUUCAAACUGUGUCCUUUGUUCUAUUGAUUUUUACUCUGUCAUUUAUUAUUUUUUUUAUGAGGGAACUGUUGUUAUUUCUGAUAAAAAAAAAUAAUAAAUAAAAUUAGUAUGAUUUUAGUGGUAGCAUAGUCAUCAGACUAGCUUUUCAUCUGUCAUGCUCGAAAUCCAAUACGCCACUUCAGAGUUCCAAAAACUCUUGCUUUCAAAACGAGGCUAAGCAUAAAAACCUUUGUUGUGAAAAUCAGAAUGAGUUAUAUUUGCAUGAGAAUAACUAACUCACACUAAGCGUCACUUUGAAAUAGAGGCUUGGGUAACUCACAAAUGGCCUGUUGGAAUAAAAAAGAAGGGAUCAUUGAUGCAUUUCAAAUGACCAACAUCAAUGUUCUCUUAACAAUAUCAGUAUCGAAGAUUCAAGUUUGUUUUAAUUUCAUGUUCAUCUGCUUUUUAAACAUUUUUGUUUGUUUUUUGUUUCAGUAAAUAACCCUUACAACAGUCAAACCUACCUUUGUGUGGCAAUGCAGAAGAGUGUUUUGUUGUACCAGUGGUAUGAACCUUGGCACAGAUUCAUGAAAGUUCAGGUAUUACAUUCUAUAGGAACAAUCUAACAAUAAUUUUAUACAAAUUCUCUGAUCAAAUGACAAACAGUGCCAAGAAUAUGCAUCAUGAUAUUAGAGUCAAUGGCUGCAGGGGAAAGACUACUUAUGGAGGGUUCUAGCAAGGGCAGAGACAGAGUUAAAAGCAAAGAGAGAAGAAAAUCUUUUAAGCUUUUAAACCCUAAUAUCUAAAUUGAGAUUCUCGUUUACUAUCCCUAUACUUUUUCAAUAGAUGUGGCAGGGAGAAUUUGUUGAGAAAUCAAUUAGACUUAUCUUCCCUGAUCAUGUACUCAGUUCUCAUGACCACUCUGCUUUACAAAGCAUUGAUAUUACAAGGAGAAAUGUGAUGCUGAUCAGUCUUAGGGCUUAAAGGGUUAAGGUUUCUAACCCCUAAUAUCAGCAAGCAUGUUCUCUAAAGUGUUCUUCAUAUAUUUCCUUUGUAUGCUUGAAAGGAGAAUUCAUUUCUUAUGGUUCUGAUGAUGUUGAUCUUAUUAGUUUCUCAUGACCUCGAUAUUGAAAUUAAAAUGUUGGCCACUCUGACCAUCAUUCAAAAGGGUUACACUUUAUGUACGAAACAGCUUCCAUCAUUAUAAGAAUCUAAAGAGCUGAUGUUAUUGUCCAUGUAUUUUAAUUAUUUUCACAGUAUUAUGACGUCGAUAUUCCGUCUCCUCCACCAUUAUUUGAGCCACUGGUAAUAUCAGACCUAGAGUAUCCACUGAUAUGUGUCGGAGUGAAAAAAAAGUAAGCACAGAAUGGUGCACUGAUUUUUUCUUCUCUCGAGGGCUGGUUUAUGCAAGCAGUGCAUUGGCAAACUGGUCUCAGUUUGAGUAGCAUACAUGUACAUACAACAUGGCUGAUGACCGUGUUUCAUCUUGCAUCUGAGCUCACGUUUGCUUUUUCCCAAUUCAUGCUGGUUAAAAGCAAGCACAAGUGGUAAUGCAAGAAGUGUGACAUUUUUUAUUUCUUUCAUCAAUGCUUGCAUUUGUAUCACAGGAGUUCACACAUGUUUUCUUGUACACAAGUUUGCAUGUGUGUUUGUGUCACUCAUUUGAACCAGCUACAUGUAGUUUUAAAAUAACAAUUAGCUUGUUGACUGGAGACCUUAUCAAGGCCCUUUAUGGUAACCCCAGAACCAACAUUGCAACUUCAUGCUGAUCAUAAACUGAGUUGUGUUCUAUUUGUUAAAUAAUGUUGUAUCUGAACAACAUUCAUUUUGUUUUCUCUGCUAACCUAAUGCUGAUGCACUUGUUUGUUUUGUUUUGUUUGAUUCUGUUUGUUCUGUUUUCACUGUAGAUCUGAUGGAGAUCUUCACUUUGAUUGUGUAAAUUUAAAUUCCUUAUCCAACUGGUUCGUAGAUGAACCCACAGGUAAUAAUAAUCAAAAAGUAAUUCUUAAGUACAUGUAUGUCUAAAGAGAGCAGUACAUUAAUCUUGCGUGAAUAGGCAAGCAUCAGAAUUUGCUUGUUUUAUGUUGUUCACAAGUCACGGGAAGCAAUGAAAGGGGUUGGUUUGGGGCCUUUGCAUUCAUAUUUAACCCUACAUACAAAUUCUCCAAACUGAUUAUAUUUCCGUUAAGAAUGAGUUGAGAGAAUUUGAUAAAAGAUCAAGGAAUUUUCUCCUAGGUGGUCAUUUUAUUAAUUCUCAUAACCUAAUCUCUUGACAAUGUAUGGAUAUUGUUAGGAGAAAAUUGAUGUUGGUCACUAUUGUGACUUAAAAGGUUUAAGAAUUGCGAGUCAAUAGUAAAUGACUAUUAGCGCACUCUCGCGUGAAUGAUAUUUGUGCUUUGUAGGCUGGUUCUGAUAGUUGUAUCAUUCAAUUAAUGUGUCUAACAACAGUUUUAUUGUUUGUUCUUGCAGGAGAAAAAAUCAAUGCAGACACAGUUGAUCACCUUGAGAAAGACACAGUUCUUGUAGCAUUUGAUAGUACCAUUCCCUUUUGUUGACUACUUUAAAAUUCCUAAUUUUUAUGUUUUUAUUAUUUGUUGUAAGUUAAUAAUGUCAACAUCAAACUGUUUUGUUGGUUGAAAAACGUUCUUAAGUAAUGAUGCAUGUUCCACCAGUGGCUUACCUAAGGGAGGUACCCUUUAGCCCCCCCCCCCCACCCCCUCCCCUCCCCUCCAACUCCUCUGGGGAGGUCUCUUGUUAGCUUGUUCCAGGGAAUCAUUCAGUGAGAUACAAAUACAAGAGGAAGGAAGGUAGUACUUCCAUCUACAAUUCUUAUCUGGACUUUCUUCACCAUCUGAGAGCCUAGAACAGUCUAGUCUCUUAGUGGAUUUUCAGUUGAUUUCUUCUUCCCCCCUUCCCCCGAAACGAAGGAAAAAAUGGAAAUUUUGACGUGGACCUUAUUUUAAAGGUGGGGGAAUUCAGACCAAGAAAAGUCAUGUGAACAUGUACAUUUAUUGGAAGUCAGUUUACCAUAGGAGUGAUCUCACUAUACUAGUAGUAUAAUAGGGAUGUUUUAUUACUGCUUUCUUAUUAAGAACCAUUAUAUUUGCUUUUUUAUCUUUUACAUAAUUAAGUUAAAAAAGAUUGUGAUUUGGUUCGUCAAUUGGCCAGGGUUAGUUGCUUCUUCGUCGUGUCCAUAAGGAUUUAAAUGACGUUCUUUCACCUUAACUUGUGUGUUCAGAGGUUGUUAGGUUUGUCAGUCUUGAAGGAAAACUCAAACAGUUUAGAAGGCAACUGUCAGAAAUUCACUUUGACAUAAAACCAGAAUCUGUUGGUAAGUGUACUCAUGUCUGUUGUGUUUAUCGAUCUCAUAGGUGGACUGGCCUCAAGACAAGUCGCCUAUCUAGAAAAAUACUGCAGAUAAAUGUGCUCGCGGUAACUGGAAAUUUAACAAAGUAAUUGGACUGACGAAAACCAAGGGAUUUAGUCGAAGAAUGUUUAUCGUAUUUAUCUUUGGUUUAAUGUCAUUGGACAUUUAAUGAACACAAUUGUAUCCAGAAAUCGCAAUACGGUUUUAAGUAAGAGAUGAACGAUGCAAGAAAAGAAGCUUGGUCAUUUCGAUGUCAGUGAAGAUAACACUUCUUUAGUUAUGUGGGGAUGAGGGAUGAAAUACAACACGGAUUCACCUAUUUCAGAUCAAGUUCCACCUUUAUCAAGUUGACGGCUGUUUAUUUGAUUUUUUUCAGUUUGUUUACAAGGAAGUGUGCUGGCGUUUCAUGAGCAUGGAUUACAAGGAAGGAGUCUGCAUAGUGGCAAGGUGGGCCUUCUGGUCGCUUUUGUAAAAUUGAUUCCAAGUAGAAUUGAAAUUUUACUAUUUAAGUUCCCCGGCGAACAACAUCAAUUACUAUAAACCUGAACCAGCUUCGUCAUCAUCAUCGUCACUCAUUCUUUAGCUUUCUGGGAAACUGCCCACCUACCCCUUCCCCUGACUUCUCACUUAGGGCAAAAUGAUAGCUUAGGGAAGGGGUAGGUGGGCAGUUUCCCAGAGACCUAAACUGAUUCAAAAUCGUCGGUAACUUGCCUGGCUUUGCUUGGUUAUUGCUUUUUGUUAAUGAUGAUAUAUUUCUGCCAGGUAAACGUGGAAAUGAACGAUCCUAAACGGAAUUUCAGACUCCUGGGUUGCGAAAGGUGAGUAACAGUUAAGACUGCCGUUUUCCUUCCAUUCCAAAUGUUCCACGGGGCGCUGGCGAAAUCCGCUUUACGAGAAGAUUGGGGAGCAAACCAUGCCACUGUUUUUUGAAGUUCUCCUGCGCUUGUCCUACUUAUUUGCAUUUGCUAAUUUUUCGGGGACAGGCUGAGUGAGAAUUGUUCCCUCUUUUUUCUUCCAACAGUAUUGCGGUGGUGGAAAGCAAACCUGCCGAUCACCCCAACGCACCGUGUAAUCUCUAUAUUCUGGCAAGCAAUUGUAGAAAUCCUCAGAAGUAGUCUUGACUGAUACGCAGGCAGUGGCCAAUUAUGAGUAAAUUGCUGUUAAAAGGACAACUAAUCAAUGUUUGCAGUCGUUUUCAUCCCGCGAGUGUGCGGGACGCGUAAGAACAUGGGGCGUGUCUCACCCUUUCAUGCGCAUGCUCAGCCUAGCUGAACCGAUCUUGAGGGCCGUUUGCACGGAUGAUUAUUUCCACAUUAGAAACUAUGAGGAGAGUGGGCACAAGCUUUCGGCGUUACGAAUUCUGGGAUCUUUUAGGUGGACGAGCGUCACUUAUGAUUGGUUAAUGGUUGCCUUGAGUACCGUCGACCAAUCAUAGCCAACCCUUGUCCACCUAAACGAUCCAGAAUUCAGUGCACUCGAAGCUUGUACUAUUCUCCCUAAAGUUUCCGAAGUUGGAAUGGCGAUCUUUAGAUUUGAUUACGAGUACAACUUUGGAAAUUGAACUAUAAUUCUUUCCUGCCGACUAGCACGUAAAAGCGCGGUAGGGUUAAGAUAAGUCGAACAACUGAUCAUCUGCAGCGCGGGAUUUUUUUUUUGAAAGAAACUCGUGCUCGUAGUCCAAUCUUAAGGUCCCUUUUAUCGCGCAAUCAGAGCUGUAAUCUGCUUGUUGGCAAUUACUUUGCCGCCAGGUCCAUGCAACGAUGACCGAAACUUAUUGCAUUCUGUCCGCCCUAUUUACGUACUCAUAGUUUGCCUAUGCUCAUUGUUCAUAAAUGUACCAAAAAUAUCUCUCUUCAUACAGUCGCUUUUCUUUUCACGCGAUAAAAAUCACCCGUGUAAACGACCCUUCAGGCGUUGAAUCGGUGCGAGUGCGACCUCUUAAUGAUUAAGGAGGAUUUUUAAUUAUCAUAAAUGGUUUUGAUCGUUUUAGUUAAAAGUAAACGGUUGGAAAUCGAUACAAAUUUAAAACAGAAUUGGGCCGUUUGUGUUGGUACUCCAAUUGAAAGUUUUUGCUCCUUUAAAAGGUCUUCCGAGAAGUGUUUGCGAAAGUUAACUCGGAUUAGUUUUCCUCUCGCGUGCCGUUUCGAGUGGAACAAUGUUACUUAUUAUUAGACUCAUUUACAUGAUAACGUCAAAGUGUUGACUGCUGAAGAAGUGAUGUGUUCAUUAUGUGCGUCAUCUUUUCUUAAUGCUUUAAGACUAAGUUAGUUAAGAAAUAAUCUAAUUAAUCUUUUAAAGACGGGAAAAGAUUUUAAAGAUGUUGUAAGAUAUAUUUCAGGGUGAAAGGGUUGGAAGUGAGCAUAAGAAUUGUUUCUAUUUUCGUUAUGAAGAGGAAGAAAGUGAAAAUCUGCGUAUAAGAGCCAAGCUGAAAGUUUUCCGAUAAUUUGCUCAGAUUGUUAAUUUUGGGUAAGUUCUUUUUCUUAUACUACUACAUCAGAAAUUUCUGCAAUUUGAUUGGCUUAGAGCAGUGGUAUUUCAGCUUAAUUUGAAAUACCUACAUGUGAAAAUUACAAACCUUUUGUGGGUAGUAGUAUAAACAAAUAAUAGCAUGACUUGUACGUGAUAUUUGGCAUAAAUACCACUUGUGAUAUUUCAAAAUUGUCUCAAAUUUCACUCGCCUAACGGCUCGUAAAAUUACGAAUAACAAUUUUGAAAUAUCACUCGUGGUAUUUAUGCCAAAUAUCACUACAAAUCAUGGUAUUACCUAUACUAAUUUCAUGCAACUAACAAUGCGGGCAUUUUGGCAUUAUCGUUACUUAUUAGAAGCCAAAGUGUGUCCCGCUGUUGUUUCUGGGAUCGCGGCGGUCAGGUAUCAGCCAACUGUUGCCAGUAACAUACCCAGACGCCUUUGCGGAAUGUAACUAGGUCCAGUUUCCUUCUCUUUUUUAAGUGCGUAAGAGCACUGUCGGACCGUUGUGCGGGACAUGCUUCGUGAUUAUUACACGGGUUUUAACUCUAGUCUUCUGUGAAGUUUUUAAGGUCUGCAUGUGCUCAAUUGAUAUUUUUAAUGCGAAUAUUCGUUAAAUAAGAGAGUAGUUUUUUAAUACUGACGUAUACAUACGUUCUCUGUAAAACCUAAUGUUUUAAAAUCGCUGUAAUUGACAAUACUAAUGUCAAAAAAUGGUUUAACUUUGUUACCUUUGAUAUAAGAUAAAUCCGUGUUGGACAAUAUAUUUCAUAGAUAAUUGUACAUACCAACAUUGCUUUCAGUUAGCUAAAUCAAUAAAUAUUGUUAAUUAGAUAUCUUGUCUUUGAGUAACUACUGUAAGUGGAAAAACAUCUUCACCUAUUUUGGCAAGAUGGUGCGUGCUGGCCAUCGAAAAGAAGAAAGAACCUUGAAACCUGACCUCAAUAUUGUUUGAGAAGUGGAGUGAGACUGAAAUUUUGUCCAGACAGCUGUGUAACUGGAGCUCUUGGUUUAGUGAGUGAUUGUGUGAAGCGCACAAACUUGGCUCGAAAACUCUUACUCAAUAGGCUGAUUUAGCAACAGAACGCGAACGUCAUUUGACGACGGGAAAGCGCGCGAAAACGACUAAACUCGACUUCCGGUGCCCAAUUUGUCGCUCUGCCAUUGGUCAAAGCAGUUGUUUGAUUUGUGCGCGCCGUCGUCAACUGACGUUCCCCGUUCUGUCGCUAAAUCAGCCUAUUUAAUACCCGGGGAGUACUCCCUUUAAUGGCCUAUGCGAAGAGUUUCCACUCGAAAGAUGUACCCUUAGCUCAGGUCCCAGUGUAUAAGAAAGGGUAGGGAUUUCUCUAGUAGAAGUAUACAAAAGGUUAUGGAGAUCUGUCAUUUUGGUCAGUAAAAAAAGGGCUGCGUCAGUCGUACUCCCCGCACUGUUCAAACUGACAAAUAUCUCUCAUUUCUUCCGCUAUAUUCUUUCGCAGAGUUUGUCAUCGUUUCUGGCAGCGCGUGCUUGCGCGCGCGCACUGCAAAGUCGUUAAUUUUGGUUUGUGACAUCGAUGUUCAGUUUUCAGUUGAUCUGACGCGUGCGAACAGUUGACUUACUUUAGUAGCAAAAGUCCAGAAGAUUUUUAUCAGUACUUAAGACAAGCUCAAGUGAACUUCCUUUAAACAAUGGAAAGAAAAACAACGGGUAAAAGGUAAGACCUAUCUCGACCUAUUUUUGACAUCAAUUGUUUUUAAAGUUAGAGGGAACUGGGUACAACUGCCUAUUGACUUAAUAUUGUAGCAAAAGGAAAAGAAGAAACGCUAUGCAGUUUGAUGAAGACAUCCUGGAAUUAGAAGAAAGAGAGGAACGGGAGGCCUUUUCGGUACGCAAUAGUAAAACUGUGUGUUAUUAGAAUGCAAAUUUCAACAAAGUCUCACAUAGACUGCUGUUAGUGCGCGCCUUCAAGAUGUUUAUUUCAUGUAUACAAACAUAUAUGCAUACAUACAUCACCUUUAUGUAUCCUCAGAUUUACCGUGUAGCUCUUAAACUAGCUCUCUGCCUUCUUGCCGCUGUCCGCACCCAAACAAUGUUUACUAUAAGGGUUAGCUAAUCAUAAGGUUUAAAAUUUGUCAAACAUAUCUUAAGUGUGUCUUUAAAACCACCUUCCAACUUUUGGAAUUACUUAAACAUUUGUUUUUCUUUAUAUGAAGCGCAAUCCCACCAUUGGCAACUAGAUAGGGCAGCUAGUAAACCUCCUUUUGAUAUUUCAAUAGUUGUUUAAAAUAAACUUCAGAACUUGGCUUGUAAAAUUUUACUCAACAUGAUAAUGUGUUCUGUUCUGUAAUUUUAGAUAAACCAGCUCACUUCCCAGGAUUUAGGAAGAGCAUGCGCACCGGCUGAUUACAAAAAUAUCGAAGGUAAGCUUUUUCUUGUCUUGAUGCACCUGCGGUACCUCUAGCGCCUACACGACGGGUGGCGAAUACCGCGGGCACAUCGAGUUGCCCGCAGCAGGGGACUGUUAAAUUAAUUCUCGGCAAGCGCCCCGUAGCCACGAGCCACGUGUAUCUAAGGCUGAUUUGGCUACAGAACGAGAACGUCAGUUGACGACCGCGCGCAAAUCAAACAACUGUAAACAGCGGUAAAUUGCGCACCGGAAGUCGAGUUUAGUCCUUUCCACGCGCUUUUCCCUCGUGAAAUGACGUUUCCGUUCUGUUACUAGCACAGCCUGUUUUAUAUGAUGUGGUCUCUCUCCAUCGCAAAGGUCUGUUUGUGUCGUAGAGAGCCUGGGAAGAGGGAAAAGAGGCAGCCCGCGGGGGAUCAUGGAAAGGGAAAAAAAACGGCCGUUUCGCCAACGAGUCGUUUCGCUAACGUCUUAUGUCGUUCCGCUAAGAAGCGGAACGAGCGCUGUGAAUAUAUAUGCUUCAUUCUCUCGGUCAUGAUACAAAAAAGUGCGAUACGCAUGUAUAUACCUCUUUCUUUCAGCCACUGAUCAGGCGAAAGCGGUUGGAGAACUGACCCAAAACGUAUGCGAAACGACUUCAGACGUCAGCGAACAGGACGUUACGUUGGCGGAACUUCUCGUGCUCGAAACGACCUUCAACCGUUUUUCGGUUAUUGCUAUUUUUAAUCGGGAUACCAAGCGGGAGUCUCUGAGGAGGAAAGGGUGCUGUGGUACAAUUAUUAUAAUUUAUCCUUGGUUUAAAUUUUGCUUUCAAUCGUUUCAAACGCAUUAUCAUCUAUUACCAUGCACUGAAAAGCAAAGGAAAAUUAAAGGGGCUGUGUCACGGCAGUCCAGUUCAUUUUGUUUAAUUUUGCCAAUUACUUGCCCUCAAUCGCUAUGGAACUUAAAGUAAGCAAAGAAAAUACAUGUAAAUGACCAAAUCAGAGAUCUGAGACAAACAAAUAUGUCUCCUCGGCAUUAUUUUUGAAGUUGCAAGCAGCAGGGAUCAACUUUGAAAAAACUGUUGGGCUGAACAGUUUUCAAAAACCCUCAUUUCAAUCCGUUUCAAUCUUCUUCAGUUUUGCCCAUCCGUGGCAUCUGUUGUUUCUGUUAUGUUGUUUUAACCUUCCUUUAACGUUUCAAGCGGUUAUUUUUAUGUUUCUCUUAAUUUAACGGGCAUUUUGUAAUUUCCUAAUUUGGCUGAAUUUCGUGACACAGCUCCUUUAAACAUUGAUUGUUUUAAUCAUUUUCAGAGUUAAUUGAAGAUCCAGUUAAGGAAGAGAAGGAACGAAGACGAAAGGCUGUUGAGAAAUGGACGAAAGAAAGCAAUGAUAAAUUUGCAAGCGGGUAUAAAAAAAAAAUCAAGCAGGAGCCGAUCGAUGGCUUUACCCUGAUGGGCUCCUGAAUCAAGUCAUUUCUUUUAAUCCGAGUUUCCUUUGAUCAAUAUUUAUGUUUUUCUAUGUAGGUUGGCUACAUAUGGCAAAAGAUUCCGAAAGCUCGCCGAGCCCCUUCCAGAAAUGGUACGUUCGGGGGGAUAGGGGAGGUGUACUUCUUAAAAAUGGCAUAUAGGGGUAGGCUCUGCUCGAAAUGGGUACCUUUUUCAGGCCUUAAGUAUCGGCAAGGGGAAAAUGACCUAAAAGGUCAAAAAUACACGUCCACGACGUUUUUUUAUCAAAUUUACUUGGUUUGAUUUGCUUCACAAUUUCUAUUCACAAUUACGGAGGUCUGCUGUGCUUCUGAACUUGCUUACGGGCCUUAACGGCUGUAUGCGACGAGUAGUAACUGUGUGUAUGACCACAAGCUAUUUUCCUCUUUCAGACUGUAGCAGAUUGCGUGGAGCAUUAUUACAUGGCAAAACCGUGUUACUUCAAUUUUGAAGAGGUUAGUGUGCAACUUUAAAAAGAUAAAACCUUACUGGUACGCUCACAUUUUAAUAGCCUGUGUACAGACCCUCCACCUCCUCCCCUCAGUUUUUUCUGUGGGGAGAGGGGGUGGGUCUGUACCAGGGUCACAUUUUAAAUUAGCCGGCGUCAGCUACAUUUUGGGUACCCAAGGUUCGAACAAGCAACUCGUGCGGGAGCGCUGGCACUAGUACUUGCACAUAAUGGCUUAGGGGAGGGGUAGGUGGGCAGUUUUCUAGAAACGUAUAAUGAUCCGAUAAGUCUCUAGCAAACUGCCCACCUACCCCUCCCCUAAGGUAACUUUAACACUUGCUUCUCACUUGGGGCAAAAUGUUGGCUUAGGCGAGGGGUAGGUGGGCAGUUUCCCAAAAACUUAAAAUGAUCUUUUCUAACUUGGUUUCACUCUUUUGCUCUGUUAACUGUUAGUGGACAGCUCAAGAACAAAUCAAAUCGGAACAUUCCUUGGUGUCAUCAGGAGAGAAAACGGAAGGCAGCCCGUCAUCAAAUGUGGAUCAAACAUCAGAGGGCAAACCUAAGUCUUCUUUGCAUGAUCCUCACACAUCAUCAUCAUGCACUCCAUUUGAACUUACGCCUGGCUCGAGGACUUGUGAACCGUCACAUGUUACAGAAAACGGGAAGUUUAAGAUGCCAUCUGUCGAUGAAGAAAAAGAGUCAGAUGUUAAACUAACUGAAUAA